AAGAACAAACAUUUCCUUGCCGGUCCUGCUUGUUCAAGGCUGGACCCCAUCUUGAAAGUCACAGCCCAUCUUCUUUCCGCGUAAUGACGGUUCCACUUCUCUUCUCUAUUGUCUCGUCUCUUCCUCUUAUUGUUCACACGCUAUUACAAUUUUUUCCUUCUCUUGCUCUUCACAGUCUAUUAUUACCUUUCUUUAUCUAUUUCUCUUUCUCUCUCCCUCCCUCUUCCUCUUCCUGACCUCCAUUAUUGAUUGCAUCUACCUAUUUGCUGGCUACUACUGCUACAGAAAAAGAAAUAUGGGUAGAGAGAGAGACCAAUUUUGGGCAUAUGCUGUGAAAGUAAAUGGUCGUUUCAAAUGUAAUUUUUGUGAACAAGAUUUUCCUGGAGGUGCAUCAAGGAUUAAAGCACACUUGGCCGGAGUUCCAGGUAAUGACAUUAAGGCAUGUAAUGCUGUGACUCUGGAUGUUCAAAACAAAGCUAAAGCAACUCAAAAAAAAAGAGAAGCUCAAGCAACUCAAGAGACCAACAAAAAGCUCAAAAGUGCAUCAACCUCGGCUUCAAAAUUAAAAAAUAAGGGUAAGGAAGAAUAUAUGGCUGAAGUUGUCCUCAACGAUGUUGUGGACAGACUAAUAGCCAAUGCAUUUUCACUACAUGCCAGUGAGUAUAUCGGUUUUGAGUCGAGUUUCAAGGCAGAGUUGAAAAAUCUUCUUGAAACAUUAUUCAAGAUUAAAUUCUUGUUAGAUGAUGCUCAAAAGAGGCAAUCAAGUGAUAAGUCUGUGAGGAACUGGCUAAUGGACCUUAGAGAUGUAGCUUAUGAUGCUGAUAAUGUGCUAGACGAGUUUAGCUAUUUUUGGCAAGAGGUACAGACUCAAAAUCUAAUGGUGGAUCAGGUGCGUAGCUUUUCAUUUUGCAAUCCUGAUAAAGUUAAGACCAUCAAACAGUUAUUGGAUAAAAUUGUGCAUGAUGUAGCUGGCUUUGGUCUUAGAAUGGAAUUGUUGAAUUCAAUCCCCAAUAUUAGCUUGGACAUGAAUAUAGACCCCCUCCUCGAUGAUUCAGAAGUUGUAGGAAGAGAAUACGAUGUCACGAAAAUGGUAAACGUAGUUAUUAGUUCAAGCAAUCAACAAGUUAUCUCUGUUCUCCCUAUAGUGGGUAUGGCAGGUCUUGGAAAGACAACUUUAGCAAAACUUGUGUAUAACAAUGAACUAAUAAAGAAACAUUUUGAUGUACUAGCAUGGGUAAAUGUUGGUAUACAUUUUGAUGUUGAGGGGAUUUUAAGAGAGAUUCUUAUAUCUCUUGAAGAAGACUUGAGUGAUUUAAAUUAUGAUAAAAUACUUCAAAUAUGUGCAGAAAAGUUGAGGGCAAUAAAAUAUCUUCUUAUACUUGAUGAUGUGCAGGAUGAAGAUCUUGAGAAAUGGGAUACUUUAAAGGGUUACUUGUCAAAAUUUAAUUCAAGUACAGGAAAUAAUAUUGUUGUUACAACCCGUAGUAACAAUGUGGCUAAAAUUAUGGAGACACAUCCCAAACAUCAAUUGGAAAAAUUAUCAAAAGAUGAUUGUUGGUCCAUAUUCAAGAAAAGAACAUUCACAAAUGGAAGAAUUCCAUUAACUUUAGAUUUGGAGGUUAUUGGCAGGGAAAUUGCUAAAAGAUGUGGAGGGGUUCCAUGGGCUGCAAGAGUUUUAGGGGGAACAAUGGGCUUUAAAUGUGAUAAAGACAAAUGGCUAGAGAUUCAAAAUAAUAAAAUUUGGGAUUUGUUGGAUGAAGAUAAUAGUGACAUCUUUCCUGUGCUUAAGUUAUGCUUUGAUCAUCUUCCAACACCAUCUUUAAAACGAUGUUUUGCAUAUUGUGCAAUAUUCCCUAAAUAUUAUGACAUGAAAAAGGAUGAGGUAAUUCAGUAUUGGAUGGCUGAAGGGUUUCUUGAGCCUGCUAAAGAAGCUAAUAUGGUGAUGGAAGAUAUUGGUAACAUGUAUUUCAAUAUUUUGUUGGCCACUUCAUUUUUCCAAAAUGCUAGAAAGGAUGCCUAUGGUAAUAUUAUUAGCUGCAAAAUGCAUGAUUUGGUGCAUGACUUUGCACUCUCAAUUUCAAUAUUUGAAACUCUAAUCUGGGAGCGAGAUUCAGUGGAUAAUGGUAGUAGUAUACAACCUUUAUUUGCCCGACUUGAUGGCAAAGCAACACUAAGAAGUUCAUUUAGUGAAGUUGAUUAUACAAAAUUGCGCACGUUAAUUUCAGAAAAUUUCAACUUUGACAUCAUGUCAUCAAAUUUUAAAUGCUUACGUGUUUUAAAAUUAUCUAGGGAUGGUAGAAUGGAGUUGCCAGAUUCAAUUGAGCAAUUAAUACAUUUGAGGCUUCUUCACAUCUCAAACUCCUUUACUAUAUUAUUACCAAAAUCCAUCACCAAACUCUACAAUUUGCAAACUUUAAGAAUUGAAGGCGAUGUAGAAGAGCUUCCGGAAGACCUAAGCAAUUUGAUUAACUUAAGACAUAUUCAUAUUAAUAGGGGUUGUUAUUAUAUAAAAACACCUAAAAAUAUGAGUAUGUUGACUUGCCUUCAAACAUUGCGAUUUUUUGGUGUGGGUUCAGAGGAUGGUUAUCGGAUUACAGAAUUGGGAGCUUUAAAGAAUCUCAAAGGAGAAAUAGUAAUAUAUAAUCUAGAGUACGUGAAAGAUGAGGAAGAAGCCAAAAGUGCAAAAUUAAAAGAAAAGGAAAUAUUCAACUUGGGAUUAUACUGGGAUCCUAGACAAUGGCACACGUAUGAUGAAACAGAUGAAAAGGUGUUGGAAGGCCUCCAGCCUCACCCAAAUUUGAAAAGCUUAACAAUCGAAUGGUAUCUUGGAAAGAAAUUCCCAUCAUGGGUUGUUGGUUUGUCUUCGCUAUAUCACAAUUUGAUUGAGAUCAAUUUGAGAAAUUGUUGGGAAUGUGAAGAAGUUCCCACUCUGGGGCAAUUACCCUGUCUUAGGGUUCUUGAAAUAAUAGGAAUGGGGAAGGUAAGAUGUAUAGGAAGUGAGUUUUAUUUUUACAGUGAUGGGAGUUACAGAAAUAGUACUACAUUAUUUCCGGCAUUGAGAAUACUCAAAUUGGUUCAUAUGGAAACCCUAGAAGAGUGGAAGGAUGCAAAGGAGUUGACAACCGCAGAUGAGGUGUUGUUUGUGUUUCCUUGCCUUCAGGAGUUGACCUUAUCUUACUGUACUCAACUGAGAGAUUUGCCAGACUCACUGCACACCUGCGUUUCCCUUCAGAAGUUGGUAGUACUUGAUUGUCCUAAGCUGAGGUCAUUGCCAGGUGUCCGGUCCAUAAUUGAAGAGCCACCCAGUGGGUUACAAUAUUUGGAGAAUGGGGAUUGUCGUCGUCUGCCUUCUUCUUCUACUUCCUCCAUUCACCCCUCCCUCCAAAAGCUCAAAUUGUAUAAGUCACCCUCUCUCCUGGACCAAAUUCAAUACUUCAUUGCCCUUAAAACUCUGUGGAUAGAGGGAUUUAAGGAGAUGGUAGCUUUGCCAGAGUGGUUGGGCAAUCUUUCCUCUCUUCAACGGCUGUAUAUUGUGCAUUGCUCGAACUUGGUGCAUCUGCCCACCAAGGAAGCCAUGCGACGACUCACCCAAUUGAAAACGCUGAUCAUUUAUUGGUGCCUCAAAUAUGAAGACAAUGAGCGGAUCAAGAUUAGCCACGUUCCAUGGGUUGAAAUCAAUGCUGAGUACCCGCCACGUUGCAAAGAUUUUGAAGACCAACUCAGAAAGAUAGCAAGAAGUUUGCAUUUGGAAAAAUAAUUAACUUGAUGACAACUGAUGCCCAGGCACUUCAGGUUUUCUCUCUUACCAUUUGCAUUAUGUGUACAUAAUUUACUUCAUAAUUGGUCAUUUACAAAACCUAAUUCAGUUCAAUGCUGAGUAAGUCUAUUCAUACUACCCUAUAUCCUCUUCUAUUCUCUUAUACUCAAAAACUUGAAUGCUUUCUCGAUUCUGCGUUAUCCUUCCUUUCAAUACUCGUACGCGUCCCUCAAAAAGCUAUUAUUGCAUGGUAGUCCUGCACUCAACUCUCUCCCGAAUGAAAUUCAACCCUUCUCUGCCCUUGAAGAGCUGAAGAUACAGAACUUUAACGGAAUGGAAGCUUUGCCUAAUUGGUUGGGCAAUCUUUCUUGUCUUCAAAAGCUGUCUCUUUACUACUGCAAAAAGCUGAUGUAUCUUCCCAUUCUACACCUCACCGAUUUAAAACAUCUGCACAUUGCUCGAUGUCCCAAUUUAGAGAAAAGAUGCCCCAUAUUCGAAACAUCAAAAUCAAUGAAAAAUACAUCAAAGGGAAGGAUUUUGAGGACUCUGAAGACUUUGACGACUAUGACGACUCUGAGUAUGAAGAAGUUGAAUAUGACGACUCUGAGUAUGAAGAAUCUGAUGACUCUGAAGAAGAUAGAGACAAUUACGUUUUUGAAGAUGAAGUUGACGGCUCUGAAGAUGACUCUUACUACAACUUGCAGGAAGAUUCCGUCUUGGAAAAUAACCAACUCGAUGACAACUAGUGCCAAGGGACAGCAUAUCUAUUGUGUUCAGUCAGAGGAAAAAUUAAUUUACUUAUGGAGUUUUAAUCUAGCAGCAAGCUAAUGGAAGCUUAUAAGAUUUGGCAAAUGCAAUUGAGACAGUAUGCCUAUUGUUUCCAGCUGGCAGAACAAUUGAUUAUAAUUGCUAGCUGAUGAACAGAGGAGGAAUGUAUAUACUUAAUAUUGAGAGAGCAAUCUUCAAGGACAAGGAGGAAGCUGGGGUUGGGCUGAUAAUCAGAGUUGCACAGGGACUACUUAUAGCUGUGAUGAGUAAGAGAAGUUUGUUUAUGAAUCCAACGAAAUCAAGGUUAUUGUUGCUGACUGCUGAUAGAGUGCUGAGUUUUGCAAACUAUCAAAUAUAUGAAGGUACAUAUGAUCUGUUUGCGUCUGGGAAAAUAAUCAACUCGAUUCAACUGAUGCCAAGGCACUGGGUACAGCAUAUCUAUUGUGUUUAGCUGAAGGUAAGAAGCAUAGGAAGUGAGUUAUAAUUUUACAGUGAUGGAAGUUACAGAAAUACUACAUUAUUUCCGGCAUUGAGAAUACUCAAAUUGGACUGGAUGCCUAGAUUAGAAGAGUGGAAGGAUGCAAAGGAGUUGACAAGCGCAGGUGAGGUGUUGGUGGUGUUUCCUUGCCUUGAGAAAUUGUUCUUAUUGUACUGUAGGGAACUGAGGUAUUAGCCAGGUGUCCCGUCAGUUAUUCAACACUUGGAGAUAAUAGGGUGUGAUAUUGAUGAACUACCCAGUGGGCUACAAUUCUGUACAUCUCUUCAAUAUUUGAAGAUUGACUGUCCAAAUCUGAAAUCAAUUCCAGAUUUAAGAGAAGUAUUUCAUUCUCUUAUUAAUAUAAAACUUAGCAACUUUCCUGAUCUAAGACUGAAGCUUUCGCAGCGAGAGGGCCGCUUAAAGACUUCGGUAAUCGGUGGGUUUAUUGAAGAGUUGGAUGCUUUCCCGAUUCUGCAUUAUCCUUUCAUUCGAUACUCGCACGCAUUUCUCAAAAAGCUAAGAUUGCAUGGGAGUCCUACACUUAACUCUCUCCCAAACGAAAUUCAUCUCUUCACUGCCCUUGAAGAGCUGCGGAUACAGAACUUUAACGGAAUGGAAGCUUUGCCUGAUUGGUUGAGCUAUCUUUCUUCUCUUCAAAAGCUGUGUCCUUACUACUGCAAAAAGCUGAUGUAUCUUCCCAUUCUACACCUCACCAAUUUAAAACAUCUGCAUAUUGAUGAUUGCUGCAAUUUAGAGAAAAGAUGUGCAGAAGGGAGCAGCGCUAAGUGGUUCAAGAUUGCUCAUAUUCCAAACAUCAAAAUCAAUGGAAAAUACAUCAAAGGGAAGGAUUUUGAGGACUCUGGAGACUUUGAUGACUAUGACGACUCUGAGUAUGAAGAAUCUGACAACUUUGACGACUCUGAAGAUGAUAGAGAUGAUUACUUGCAAGAAGAUUCCAUCUGGGGAAAUGAUCAAGUUGAUGAUAACUGAUGCUGCGGUACUUGAGGUUAACCACAUAAGACACGCUGGAACCAUAUUUUAAACAUUUGAAGAUUGAAUCCCCAACCAAUUCCACCAUGCAGAAAGGAGAGAGACUACUGUCUUCGGCAUCACCCACUGAAUCCCAAACAAGGAGAAGACUUCACUUGACAAGAGGAGCUGUGGUAACUUUUCAUCGUCUCAAGAACUGAAAUUCUAGAACAAGAACUGCUACUACUUAUCUGCAAUGAUGGAGGAGCUCCCCUUCUGUGGAAAGCUAGAUGGAAGUAUCCUAGAAUGGUUGUUGAAGCCGGAUGUUUUGUUUCUUACUGGUCGCUUUGCAAGGGAUAUGGAAUCAACAAGAGUGGUCAUUGGUAGAAGAUUGUUCAUAGUCCAAGAAUCACAAUGGAGGGAAUUUAAAAUUGAUUCCAAUGAAAUUGUUUCAUAGAAAUUUAAGCCAUGAAGUUUGCAAAUGAUUGGAAAUCAAGAUUGAAAAAGAAGAGAGACGAUCCUUCAGAGUCUGCCCUUACAGGAGAGUCACUCCCAGUAACCAAAAAUCUUGGUGAUGGAGUAUACUCUGUUUCAACAUGUAAACAAGGUGCAAUUGAAGGAGUUGUUAUUGCAACUAGAGUACAUACCUUAUUUGGAAAGGCAGUUCAUCUUGUGGAAACUACUACAAUCAUUGGACAUUUUCAGCAGAUAAUUUCAGUAUAUUAUUUUGGAUGAAAUCUUCACUUAGAAUCUCAAAGGCUGGAAAAAUGUUUAGAGCUGUAAUAUUUCUAAACAGUUUCAUCUUUUCUACUUGGAGGUAAUGGGGCAAUGAUAGGUCGUAACUAGAAUAGGAAACUUCUGUAUUUGCUCGAUUGCCAAUGGGCUGGUAAUAGAAAUCAUUGUCAUAUAUGGGAUUCAUCACGGGUAAUCAUGUUGGGAUAGAUAAGCUUCUUGUUUUACUCAUCUGUGGCAUCCCCAUUUCUAUGCCAACAAUUCUUUCUGUUACAAGCUAACUGUGGACAAGUCACAAGAAUAUGAUAGAGGAGAUAAAAGGAGCAACAAAACCAACAUAUAUUUGAAGGCAUAAAUACACUAUGAAAAUGGCUCUACUUGACUGCAUUCAAAGAAGUGGUGACAACACUAAAAGUCCUACCAGCCCCUCUUCGAAGCUUCUCCAAGGUUCAAAGUGGUUGCCUACCUCCUCGUCUCCUACAUUUGCAGAGGAUCUUGACCCAGAAGGAACAAGUUUAUCAUUACAAGAAAUCAGUUCCCACCAAAUUGAAGAAGGCCAAGAAUUUGACAUGCUCUCAGCUUGAAGAAACAUAAUCAGGAUUUUAGCACCACACCUUCUUGGGUUGUUAGGUUGGAUGAUGAUGAAGAUGAAGAAGAUGCUGAAUUCUUUGGAGCCCCAGCAUCUGAAUCAAAGCUGGCUCCUGAGGGGUACAAGGAAACCACUAGACAUAAUCCAAGAGCAAUGCAUAAGAAUUUUGGGAAGCAUGUUUGGAAAGCACUGUCAAUCUUACUAUUAAAAAGAAAAAUAGAUGCCUACAAAUCUUAAAAGGACAUUAACUAAAAAUUUGGCAUCAGCUUUUGCUGCGAUAUCAGAAAUUCAGAGUGCUUUCCACAAACCUAUUUUGUCUCUGUUGCUACUGAAAGAGGAAAGCAAGAUAAUAAGGGUGAGCAAAUAUGGGUAAGGUUGUUUCAGUGAAGGAGUAUUUAAUGCAUAAGCUUGAGCCCAGGCAAGAUGUGCUUUCUCCAGUGAUAUCCAAGGCAAUGAAUCCAAAGAGAACUCCUGGUGAUAUGGAUGUGGUAUGAGAGACGCUGCGACUUUGCUCCAACAUGAGGAAUUGUCCAAAUACACAGCUAUGGGUUCAGUUAGAAAUACAACAUCGCCCAUGCCAAUUUCCACCCAUGUGCAUUCAGCUAAAGACUCACCAUCACACACUCGGAUCUCAGCCAAUGCUCAUAAAAAAAAAAAAAUUUGUGUCAAUUUUGAUCCUAAAUGUAUAUGGAGACGUGUUAAUGAGCUUCAAUUAGUGUUUGACUUCAUGUAUUGAUACUAAAAACCAUCACCAUCUGACAUGCAUGAUCUGAUAUUAAUUAUUCUAUUGAAGUUCCUUUGUACAGUCUAUGGCAACCAUGGGUCAAUUUUAUGUCGAUAUUUAGUUAUCUGAACAAGGCCCUGCCCAUGUUAUGGAUUCCGUGUGCUAUGGUGUAAUUUCUCUUUUUGGAAUUAUAAUUCAUAUCUCAUGGAUAUUUCUUGUC